UUAUUUGGGGUUGGUUGUUGUGUGUAUAGUUUUAUUUGUGAAAAUAAAAAAUACACUUUUAACACAAUGGAAAAUUUACAUACAGUUGCGAUGGUUGCCAGGUCCUGAAAAAACAGUUCCUUUUUUGGGUAACAGCUACAUGUUUUUUAACUGUAAUACAACAGAUAUUUAUAACGUUUUUGUAAAACUGAUAAAUAAAUACGGAAGAAAAUCAGCUUUUAAAUUUUGGGUUGGUAAUAAAGUUUUUAUCAUCUUAACAAAACCAGAAGAUUUACGAAUACUAUAUAAUUCACAAUAUGCAAUGGAAAAAGAACAUACUUUGUACCAACUGUUUUCAGAAUGGUUAGGAAAUGAUAGUUUAUUAAUAGCCCCAGUUGAAAAAUGGAAAGCACAUCGACGAAUUUUGGCUAUGACAUUUAGUCAGAGAGUAUUGGAUAAAUUUGUUCAAAUAUUUUCUAAAAAUGGUGUGAAUUUAUCAAACGAACUGCAAAGUUAUGCAGAUAGCAAAGAAAUUUUUAAUGUUUACAAUGUGAUUAAUAAGUAUACGGUUAAAUCAAUUUGUGGUACCUUAAUGGGAGUCGAAAUAAAAGAUGAACAUUUCGUUCAAAAAUAUUUGACAGCAGUUCAAAAGGAAGCCGAAAUAAUUUAUUUAAAAAUUUCAAAAAAAUUUGGAAUUAAUCCUAAUCGAAAGCCUUUCUUGGAAUUACUAUUAGAUUUAAAGAGAAAUUUUAUUCAUUACGAUCAAAAUCAAAUUUUGGAUGACAUGAACAUAUUUUUAGCUGCUGGUACUGAAACAACAUCAAUUACAAGCAGUUUUGUUUUGUUAAUGCUUGGUAUUCAUCAAAAUAUACAAGAUAAAGUUUAUGAAGAGUUAAAUCGAAUAUUGAAUGAUGAUAAAAACGAACAUGAAAAGAACAAAAAUAGGAUGAUAACACCUGAUGAUAUACGACAAAUGUUUUAUUUAGAAAUGGUGAUAAAAGAAACAUUACGUCUAUAUCCUAUUGUACCGAUUGUUGCAAGGACAAUUACAAAAGAUUUAAUGUUACCAGCGAGUGGUACAAUACCAUCCGGAUGUUGUUGUAUUGCCGCCCCAAUAGCUGUUCACUAUGAUCCGGAAAUAUGGACACAACCAUUAUUAUUUAAUCCUGAUCGUUUUUUAUCUGAAGAAAAAAUUAAACGACAUAUAUAUAGUUUUAUACCAUUUAGUGGUGGUUUAAGGAAUUGUAUUGGUAAAAAAUUUGCAUUUAUGUCCUUGAAAGUAUUAAUAGCAUCAAUUAUUAGAGAUUAUCAAAUAUUGACACCUUUGAAAAUGGAAGAUAUUCAAUUAAAAGUGGAAGUUACAUUAAAAUCAGUUAAUGGAUAUCCAAUUCAACUCGUCCGGCGCAGAUAA